ACUACUACCUCCUCAGUCCUUCUGUUUUGCUUUUGUCUUUCACUUCUUCGCUGAUUACGAUGGAAUUGGAUGUAUUGGAAUUAAAAUUCCGAUUCCGAUUCUGAAAUCUUCCCACUCACGGAAAAGUCGUUUUCUUGAAUCUUUCCUUAUUUUCCCGGGAAAAUUACAACUGUCUCACCCGCCAACCGACCAUGAAGUCCGUCGCCACCACCGCCACCGACAUUCUGAAGACUCCGGCUUUCGUCAAGGUCACCGCCAUUGUCCUCAUUUCCUUCUCUAUCUUCUUCCUCGCCAACCAUUUCUAUUCCAAAUCUUACUAUCCCCUCGCAUUCUCCUUCUUCUCCUCCUCCGCCUCCGCCACCGGCGGAUUCUCUCCUUCCUUCAAUUCCAAUUCUGUCUUGCCGCCACCUUCUCCGGCGGUGUCUCCUCCUUUUCCUCCUCCUCCGUCUCCGAUUCCGCCGCCGCCGCCGCCGCGAGGGGUGAAGAGGAUGGGGGUAAUCGACGAGAACGGGGCGAUGUCGAAUGAGUUCGAGGUCGGUGAGUACGAUCCGAAUUUGAUCGAGGAUCUGAGGAACUUGAGCGGAGGUGAUGAGAGAUUGGGCGACGCGGGUGGCGGAGGCGGCCAGGUUAAGGAGACGAAGGUUAGGGUUGAGAGGUUUAAGGUGUGUGUUCAGAGCAUGGCCGACUAUAUUCCGUGUUUGGAUAAUGUGGAGGAGAUAAAUAGGUUGAAAUCUACCGAGAAAGGGGAGAAAUUCGAGAGGCAUUGCCCUGGUGAAGGCAAAGCUUUGAAUUGCGUUGUGCCAAGACCCAAGGGCUACCAGAUUCGCAUCCCUUGGCCGCAAAGCAGAGACGAGGUAUGGUUCAGUAAUGUUCCCCAUACACGUCUGGUUGAAGACAAAGGUGGGCAGAAUUGGAUUGCAAUAAAAAAGGACAAAUUCGUUUUCCCGGGAGGUGGGACACAAUUCAUUCAUGGGGCAGAUAAAUACUUGGAUCAGAUUUCAGAGAUGGUUCCUGAAAUUGCAUUUGGCCACAAGACACGAGUUGCCUUAGACAUUGGUUGUGGAGUGGCAAGUUUUAGUGCCUUUUUGAUGCAGCGCAACGUGACCACUCUGUCAAUAGCACCAAAAGAUGUUCAUGAGAACCAGAUCCAGUUUGCAUUGGAGCGUGGUGUGCCUGCUAUGGUUGCAGUGCUUGCUACGCGACGGUUGUUGUAUCCAAGCCAGGCUUUUGACUUGAUACACUGUUCAAGAUGUAGAAUUAAUUGGACCCGUGACGAUGGAAUUUUGCUUCUUGAGGUUGACAGGUUAUUAAGGGCUGGAGGAUAUUUUGUUUGGGCAGCACAGCCUGUUUAUAAACACGAAGAGAACCUGCAACAACAAUGGAAAGAAAUGGAAGACCUAACCAGCCGCAUAUGUUGGAAACUUGUAAGGAAGGGAGGAUAUAUUGCUAUAUGGCAGAAGCCUUUGAACAACAGCUGCUAUGCUAAUCGUGCUGCUGGAGUGCAGCCUCCAUUAUGUGAUCCAACUGACGAUCCAGAUAAUGUUUGGUAUGUCGCUUUGAAGCCAUGCAUCACUCGAUUGCCUGAGAAUGGUUACGGUGCUAACCUUACUGCAUGGCCUGAACGCAUUCAUAACCCACCAGACAGGCUUCAGAGCAUAUCGAUGGAUGGCCACAUAUCCAGGAAGGAAAUCUUCCAGGCAGAAUCAAACUACUGGAAGGAUAUCAUAAAUGGUUAUAUUCGUGCUUACCACUGGAGAGAUUUGAAUUUCAGAAAUGUGCUGGACAUGAGGGCUGGAUUUGGAGGGUUUGCGGCAGCUUUCCAUGACUUCCAAUAUGAUUGCUGGGUUUUGAAUGUUGUCCCUGUUAGUGGGUUCAAUACCUUACCUGUUAUCUAUGAUCGUGGACUUAUCGGAGUUAUGCACGACUGGUGCGAGCCAUUUGACACCUAUCCAAGGACAUAUGACUUGGUACAUGCUUCUGGUCUCUUCUCAAUUGAGAAAAAGAGAUGUAAUAUAACAACCAUCAUGCUCGAGAUUGAUCGGAUCCUGAGGCCCGGUGGCCGCGUAUAUAUACGUGAUUCAGUAUCUGUGAUAAGUGAACUCCACAAAAUUGCAGGUGCCAUUGGUUGGGUGCCUGCAUUGCAUGACACAGGUGAAGGUCCUUAUGCAAGCUGGAAAAUCUUAAUUGGCGAUAAGCGGUUGUGACAGUCUAUUGAUGGAAAUUAUGUUCGAUGUCUAUGCUGAUGGUAUCCCUAAUACUUUUUUUUAUUUUUUGCUAACUAAUUGUACGCCAUUUUUUUUCCUUUUUUUAAUUUUUUUUGUUUGUAUGUUAGUCAACAAUAGGCAAUGUUCGACACAUUCCUACCAAAAAGAAAAAGAAAGAGAAAGAAAUGGCAAAAGGAAAAAAAAAUACCAUAGUGAUAGAUUGUUCAACGUUUAUAUCAAUAAUGAGAACGUUUUGAUAACCCUUUUUCUUAA